UUUCUCUAAGCACCUACUAGAUUAUUUAUAAUUUAUAAAACGUGCCUAUACAUAUUUUGCGAAACAGUUUAUGUAAUAAUUUUAUUACUAUAAUGGCUACAAUACCUGAAAUUAUGACGAUUAGAGAGAUGAUAGAUGAAGCAUUUGGAGAUCCAGAUAAAAACGUUGUGCAUCAUAAACUUAUUCAAACUAUAUUGUAUCUCUUGGCAAGACAAUUAAGAAUGCUGGAUAGAAGAGUUAAAAUAGAAUUGUUUACGAACAUAGAUGUUUAUUCUUCAGAAUCUAAUAUAGUGGUUUCCGAAGUUAAAAUACAUGCCAAUGUUAAAAAAAAGAGGCAUGUUCUAAGAGAUCCUACGCAAGGUCGAGGCGGCAGCAGAACGAGUCCUGCUAGGGGUAUAGAUACAAGUACAACUGGGAGAGGAAGCCAGCACAGAGGUACAGCUGGAGACACGAGCGGAUCUAUACGGGGAGGACCUACGGCUGGAAAAUCUACACCUGGAAGGAGCACACCAGGAGGAAUCACUCGAGGUGAAACUACACCAGGAGGAACCACACUAAAAGGAACAACACCAGGAAAAGAUGACGAUCGUGCAGGUGGCCAAACAUUUACUUCUCCUAGUGGCAAGGCUUUAACAGCAAGCGAAUCUACUGGUCUAUCCUUUUCUAAAAAACACGGAGAAAGUACUACUGGAAGGCGAAUUGCUGGUACGUCAGGAGGAUCAUCUGCAGAUACUGAUGAUAGGUCUUUGUCCAUGAAAGACACUGAAAAAUCAUCUACGGAAAAAUCUUCAGGUGAUAAAUCAUCUACCGAAAAAACAGAAACAUCAUCUAAAGAAAAAACGUCUUCUCUAAAAACUUCAACAGAAAUGUCAUCCACACAAAAAUCUUCAACUGAAAAGUCAUCUACAUAUAAAUCGACAACAGGAAAGUCUUUAACUGAUCAAACAAUCACUGAAUCACCUACUGAAAUAACAACUACUUCUUUGACUAAAACAUCUUCCUACGACAAAACUUUUACUGAAUUGACCACUACUGAUAAAACUUUAUCUUCAGAUAAAAGUUCCACUCAAAAAAGUAGUACUGAGAAGUCUUCCACUGAAAAAUCUACAGAUAAAAGUAGCACUGUAAAAUCUUCUACGGAUAAGAGCGUCACUGAGAAAACCACAGAUAAAAGUUCAACUGAGAAAUCUACAGACAAAAGCUCUACUGAUAAAUCUACAGACAAAAGCUCCACUGAAAAGUCUUCAGACAAGAGUUCGACUGAUAAAACAACCACUGAAAAACCAUCAGAUAAAAGCACCACAGAAGAAUCUACUGAUAAAAGCACCACUGAAAAAUCCUCUACUGACAAAACUAUCACUAAAGUAUCUUCAACAGAAAAAAGUAUUACUGAUAAAUCUUCCAUGGACAAAAGCAUUACUGACAAACCUUUCACAGAUAAGAGUACUGCUAAAAAAUCAACAGAUAAAACCGCGACUAAGAAAUCUACUGAUACAAGUCCCACUAGAAAAUCUAAGGAUACAAGUGUUGGUAGGAAAUCUACGGAUAAAAUUACUACUGAUAAAACAUCUUCCGAUAAAAGUGCCAGUGACGAAUCAUCUGUAGAUGAUCUAAGUACUACUGAGAAAUCAACAACUGUAAAAAGCACUACCGAAAAAUCAUCUACUGAUAAAAGCACUACAAAGUCUUCUACAGACAAAAGCACAACUGAUAAGUCUUCUACAGAAAAAAGCACCGUGAUGUCUUCUACGGACAAAAGUACAAUAGAUAAAUCUUCUAUGGAAAAAAGCACAACAGAUAAAUCAUCUACCGACAAAAGUACCACUAAAUCUUCUUCUGACAAAAGCUCGACAGAAAAGACAUCCUCGGCUAAAACGACCACUUUAUCUUCUGAUAAAACCACAACUGGAAAAACAACAUCAUCAUCCACAAAGGACACAACCUCAUCAUCUGGGAAGCAUGCAACGCGACACCAUCGACAACUUUCGGAGUUUGAGAUGCAAAGGGAACGAGAACUACGAAUUAUACACCAGAGAGCUGAUUCCCGCGAAGAACAUGAGAAAUCGCCAACACCUAUGGCUUCUUUGGAAUCAGUUGAAGUCCAGUAUGAAAAACUGCUUGUUGUUGAAAGGGUACCAAGUCGGCUGCAAGGUGAACAACGUGGAGCUACCCCUAGACUUUCAAUAGUAACACAAGAAGAAUUCGCAAAACUUGCUAAUGUAGUUCGAAGUUUACAACAAAAGUUCGACCCAAUAGGAGCAGCAGAAUUCCCGGAAAACAUACAACUUAUGCAAGAGCUACGUAAAGGUGCAUCUUUAACAGAUGCAAUGGCAGCUUUGCAACUAUCAGCACGCCUGGAAGCGGCGGAAAAGGCGCUAGAACGCAUGACAUCACUUGUAACAGAACUUGCUAGUAAAUACCCUGACGUAGACUUGACUUCGAUAAUGGAACGGUCUGAACCAACCACAGAAGUUAUAUACAAAGGGCGGCCUGGACCAUCCUCUCAAGUACCACCACAGCUAACUAAAGAGGCUGCAUUUAAACAGCCACCCAAAGAAGAUAAAUCGAAAAUAGUAAAAAAAAUGAAACUUGAUGAAUCAGCUAUAGACACUUUUUCAAUACCUGCGUUAGAAUCCGAGGAAGAAAAAGAAACCCAGAAACCUGUUACUAUUGCUGCUCCUGUUGCUGAAGAAGAAAAAGAAAAUCCAGAUUGGAUCACAGCUGAGGAAUUAGACGCGGCAUUAAAAGAGGUUUCAGUAAACUUAUUCGAUUCAUUCAACGUAGUUAUUAAUAAGAACAAAGCAAAUGUCGACUCUGCACUCAAAAUGGCUAACAGAUUGGAAAUUAAAUUGAAUGCUUCACUGGAUCUUGGAACACGAAUGACGGACCUGGAAGCAUUAGUAGCACAAUACGCUGAGCAAGUAAAUACAUUAGACACCGGUCUAUCAUCACAGAUGACAAAUUAUCAAGAAGAAUUAACUCAAAUGCAGCAUGAUCUUGAAUCAGGAUUGGAAAAUAUGGCUGAAGCUUUAGCUUCCACCGGAGGUGAUACCACAGCCGUGGCAGAACUAAAUAGCCAUUUCACCAAUUUGCAAUUGGACUUUGAAACAACAAAUUUAAGGCAGAACGAGUUGCGAGAAAUACAAGUGGCCUUGAAGUCUGAUCUAGAGGACUUACGAAGGGAAAUAGAAAUUCUUCGGGGAAUUAAAUCCGAUCGCGAUGAAGUAGCGGAUGCAUUGAGGGAUAAAGUAGGACUUGGAACCUUAAAUGGUCUCGUAUCUUUGGAGCAAUUUGAUGCAGUGAGAGGUGAUAUGGAACAAAGAAUAGGUGCUGCUUAUGAUAAAUUUAACAAUCAAGAAAUAAUUUGGCAAAAAGCUAUUGAUGACCUUUUAAGGGAACUGUCGGAAAAAGCAGAUUAUUCGCAACUCGUGUUUUUGCGAGAAGAUAUCCAGAUGAAUUUGGAGAAACUGAGGAAAAGAUUACAAGAAAUGUUGGAUAUUGUGGGUGAACCUCAAGCCGCAGCCGUUGCCAGAAAGGUGCACAGGGAUACCAACUGUUUGUCCUGCUCUACGCCAGCGUUUAUGCACUUGGUGGAGCCUCACAAAGUACCACUACUACCGGCUAUGCCAGGAACAAGGCCACCAACGUUAGGCGCAGAAUCUCCGGCGAAAGUCGAAGAUGGAUCCUGUUAUCCUGGUCUGCCAAUACCGCAUCCUAGGGAUCCCAGAGCACACAUAUGUAAUCGAUACUGCGGCGGUUCUCACACCAAAAUAACCACUACUAUUAGCCGUGUCCCAACCGGCAUGAUAAUAAGCCCAGCAAGACGGGAUCCUUCAGCAAAGACUGGAGACGGAAUGAUAAAGAAACCGUGCAUACCAUGCAACAAGUCGACAGUACCAAAGGAUAAACCACGUAAAUGUUCGGAGAGCCCAUCUGCGAAAGGCGCAUCGGAGCCAGAGGAUGAUGAAGAUUCAGACAUGACUCCUGAAGAUUUUAUGACGUCAAUGAACACUGCGGAAAUGGAUGGGGGCGACACGACGCCGCCAGUACGCCUUGAAGAAGAUAUGUAA